UGUCGUCUUUCUGCGGCGUCUGCCUGUGGCUGCGGGCUGUACGGUGGCCGUGAUGGGACACACGUGGUCUUCCUGCGGUUAUUGACGGCUGUGCGCCCUGGGUUCAGUUCGGAUGACCCGGCUGUGUCCAGGUGCCGGCUUCACGCGGAACAUUCCCCCGGGAUUAAACAUGGAAGUUUGGGACUGCGGCGUGAAAUAGUUGGCGUCAGUUUGUGGCGGCGGACACGAAGCUACUCGGUGCAUCCGCAUAAAUAAACGGGGCGUCGUAUCUGUGAGUGUUCGGACGCAUCGCCAGCAGAGGGACGCAGCCGUGUGUUGUGGACCAGGGUCUGGGGGUUUCCUGUCCGAGCUGCAGCCAUGGACCUGAACAUGGAGGAUCUGCUGGAGCAGCUCAUGCACAAGGACCUGGGCAGGAGGAUCCAAGUGGGCCAGGAGAUCCUGGAGCUGAUCCCGGACCAGGACAAGUUCCCCGAGCUGGAGCAGGACCAGACCCUGCUGGACAGGAUGGUGGACACGGUGGCCGGAUCCUGGGUCAACUCCAGCAACUUCAAGGUGGGCGUGGCCUCCACAUGUGGUUUUGUUGGAAUGGACCUUCUGUCUGCUCUGGUCAGCCCCCAGGACAGAUUCAGGACCCAGGUGGGAACAGUUCUGCCGAGCCUCAUCGACCGUGUUAGGAGACGCCAAGGACCAAGUCCGGACCAGGACCAAGCACUUCUGUUGAAGAUCAUGGACCAGGCUGCAAACCCACAGUUCGUGUGGGAGCGAAUGAUGGGAGGUUUAAAACAAAACAACCGGACCAGAGAAGGACUGUGUCUGUGCCUCAUCGCAACUCUGAACGUUCUGACGCUGAGUAAAAUAGUCCCUCACAUCUGUAACCCUGGAGAUCCGACCAGUCAGGUGCGUGACGGAGCCAUGAACUGCCUCGUAGAAAUUUACCGCCAUGUGGGCGAACGAGUGCGGAUGGACCUGGGGAAGAAAGGCCUGCCUCAGUCACGGUUAAACGUCAUCUUCAGCAGAUUCGACGAGGUGCAGAGGUCGGGGAACAUGGUGCUGUCGCCGUUGUCAGACAAAACCUUCGAGGAUGACGACUCAGUGGACGGCGGACGCUCCUCGUCGUCGUCCAAAGGAGCCUCGCUGUCCGGGAGGAAGACGGUGAGCAUGGGCUCGUUCCGCCGGCCCACCUCCACAUCUGCAGGGAGGGAUGGAGGUGGAGCUGGAGCCGUGGACGAACAAGACUUCAUCCAGUCCUUUGACGAUGUGCCUACGCUGCAGAUCUACUCCAACAGGGAGGUGGAGGAGACCAUGACCAAAAUUCGAGACGUUCUUUCGGACGAUAAGCGUGACUGGGAGCUACGAGUGGCCGCCCUGAAGAAGGUGCGUUCGCUGCUCCUGGCCGGCGCUGUGGAGUUUGACGGUUUCCUGCAGCAGCUGCGACUCAUGGAGGCGCCGUUCAAGCUGUCCGUCAAAGACCUGCGCUCUCAGGUGGUGAGAGAGGCCUGCAUCACACUGGGCCACCUGUCGUCGGUGCUCGGCGGUCGCUUCGACCACGCGGCCGAGGCCAUCAUGCCCGCCCUCCUCAACCUGGUCCCCAACAGUGCCAAAGUCAUGGCCACGUCGGGCGUGGCCGCCAUCCGCCUCAUCCUCAGACACACACAUUACCCACGGCUCAUCCCCAUCAUCACCAGCAACUGCACCUCCAAAUCUGUGGCAGUCAGAAGGCGUUGCUUUGAGUUUAUGGACUUGUUGCUUCAGGAGUGGCAGACGAACGCUCUGGAAAGACAUGGAACGGUUUUAAUGGAGACGAUAAAGAAAGGGAUCCACGACGCCGACGCCGAGGCUCGAUCCGUGGCCAGGAAGUGUUACUGGGGUUUCCAUGGUCACUUCAGCAGGGAGGCGGAGCAACUGUUCCAGACUCUGGAGUCGUCCUAUCAGAAGGCUCUGCAGGCUCACCUGAGGAGCGGCGACAGUCUGAUGUCACUUCCUGCCUCCGACCGCUCGUCCUCGUCCUCCCAGGAGAGCCUCAAUCGACCUCUGUCUGUCAAAAGCACCGUGGGAAGCCAAACCCGAUCCAAACCCGCCCCCACCUCCAGAACUCCUGCCUCCACCUCAUCGUCCGGUUCGCUCCAUCGCUCUCGCAGCGACGUGGACGUCAACGCCGCCGCCACGGCAACGGCCCGAACCCGGAUGCCGGCCGUCCCCGCCGCCAUGCAGGCCCCGCCCUUCAGUUCCGCCUCGGCUCUGCCUCCUGGAUCGUACGCCUCGCUGGGUCGAGUCCGGACCAGAAGGACGAGCGCCGGGAACGGUCCCACGGUGACCGACACCAGGGGGCGGAGCCGGGGGAAGGUGGUUUCUCAGUCUCAGCCCGGCAGCAGGUCGGGGUCUCCCGGUCGCCUCCUGAGCUCCACCUAUGGCAGGAUCCCUAGACCGACCAUGGGCACCGCCGCCGCCACCGGCUGCAUUUCCGGCGGCACCAUGGAGAAGGGCCGACCCCGAGGUCACCGCAGCCAGGGCUGCAGCCGAGAGACGAGCCCCAGCAGAUCAGGCACCGCCCGGAGCCGAAUCCCUCGACCCAGCAUGAGUCAGGGCUGCAGCCGUGAAACCAGUCGCGAGAGCAGCCGCGACACCAGCCCCGCCAGGGGUUUCUCCCCCCUGGCGACUCGCCGUCACUCCCAUUCGACCAGCGCCCUGUCCUCGGCCGAGUGCUACUCAGACCGGCUGUCCCAUCAGGCUCGGAUCUCCGCCUCCGUCAACGCCAUGAGGAUCCUCAACACCGGCACCGAGGUGGAGGCCGCCGUCGCCGACGCUCUGCUUUUAGGAGACUCCAGGAGUAAGCGGAGGCCGGCGAGGCGGCGGUACGAGUCCCCCGGCAUGUACUCGGACGACGACGCCAACAGCGACGCCUCCAGCGCGUGCUCCGAGCGCUCGUUCAGCUCCAGGAACGGCGGUGUGGCGCCUCACUUCCUGCGCCAGACGGAGGACGUGGCGGAGGUGCUGAACCACUGCGCCAGCGCCAACUGGUCCGAGAGGAAGGAGGGGCUUCUGGGUCUGCAGAACCUGCUGAAGGGACAGAGGACGCUCAGCCGUGUGGAGCUGAAGAGGCUGUGCGAGAUCUUCACCAGGAUGUUCGCGGACCCCCACAGUAAAAGAGUCUUCAGCAUGUUCCUGGAGACGCUGGUGGACUUCAUCGUCCUGCACAGAGACGACCUUCAGGACUGGCUCUUCGUCCUCCUCACUCAGCUGCUGAAGAAGAUGGGCGCCGACCUGCUGGGCUCCGUCCAGGCCAAGGUCCAGAAGGCUCUGGACGUUACCAGAGAGUCGUUCCCCUUCGAGCAGCAGUUCAACAUCCUGAUGCGCUUCAUCGUGGACCAGACGCAGACGCCCAACCUGAAGGUGAAGGUGGCCAUCCUGCGCUACAUCCACGCCCUGGCCCGACAGAUGGACCCCGCAGACUUCGUCAACUCCAGCGAGACCCGCCUCGCCGUGUCACGCAUCAUCACCUGGACCACAGAACCCAAGAGCUCCGACGUCCGCAAGGCGGCUCAGGUGGUUCUGAUCGCCCUGUUUGAGCUCAACACUCCAGAGUUCACCAUGCUGCUCGGCGCUCUGCCCAAAACCUUCCAGGACGGGACCACCAAGCUGCUCCACAACCACCUGAGGAACGCCGCCGCCCACAGCGGCGUCUCCAUGGCGUCGUCCGGCACCGCUUUGGGUCGGACGCCCCCUCGGCCGCCGAGCAGCCGUGGCAGCCCACUGACCUCCCCCACCAACUGCUCCCACGGAGGACUGUCUCCCAGCAUGCUGGACUACGGCAGUGAAAACCUGAAUUCUGAGGAGAUCUACAGCUCUCUGCGCGGCGUCUCCGAGGCCAUUCAGAACUUCAGCUUCCGCAGCCAGGAGGAUCUGAUGGAGUCGCCGAGGAGCGACGGCAUGUCCGGAGUCGCAGCGUCCUCAGAGUCUGCGGUGGAGGUGGGCGGACGCACGGCUCUGGACAAUAAGACGUCGCUGCUCAACACGCCGUCGCCGCGCUCCUUCGCCGGGCCGCGCUUCAGAGACUACAACCCCUACAACUACAGCGACGCCAUCGGCUCGACGGACAAGGUGGCCACGAAGGAGGCGCUGUACGAGGACGCCGUGGAGCAGCUGAAGGACGGGCGCCGACAAGAAUGCGUGGACAGCAAAGUCUUGAACCCCAAAAGCUUCCCAGUGAGCCCCGCCGAGCAGCUGGAGCUGGUGGGGGAUCUGCUGAAGGCGCUGUCCCAGGCCCAGGGGGGGGAGCCGGGGCUGGACGAGCGGCGGCGGACGCUGCUGGAGCUGCUGAAGGUGGCGCGGGAGGACAGUCUGGUGGUGUGGGAGGAGCACUUCAAGACCACGCUGCUGCUGCUGCUGGAGACGCUGGGGGACAAAGACCACACCAUCCGGGCUCUGGCGAUGCGGGUUCUGAAGGAGAUCCUGAGGAACCAACCGGCCCGUUUCAAGAACUACGCUGAGCUGACCAUCAUGAAGACUCUGGAGGCCCACAAAGACUCGCACAAGGAGGUGGUGCGGGCGGCGGAGGAGGCGGCCUCCACCCUGGCCGGUUCCAUCCACCCAGACCAGUGCAUCAAGGUGCUGUGUCCCAUCGUGCAGACGGCGGACUACCCCAUCAACCUGGCCGCCAUCAAGAUGCAGACGAGGGCCAUUGAACGCAUCGCGAAGGAGCCGCUGCAUCAGCUGCUGCCCGACAUUAUCCCCGGACUCCUGCAGGGCUACGAUAACACUGAGAGCAGCGUGAGGAAAGCCAGCGUCUUCUGCCUGGUCGCCAUCUACUCUGUGAUCGGAGAGGAGCUCAAGCCUUACCUGGCUCAGCUCACCGGUAGCAAGAUGAAGCUGCUCAACCUGUACAUCAAGAGGGCCCAGACCUCCACCAGCAACAGCAGCAGCUCCUCCGACAUCUCCUCCUACUAACCCCGCCUCCAUACGCCGGCACGCUAACCAACAAUCCACUCCAUUCCAGUUCCAACCGCCUUUUUGGUAGGACCAGACCAAACCAAACCAGACCAGACCAAACCAGACCAGACCACCAGCCUCAGCUCGCAGUUCGGUUUUCAAACUCACUUUAGUUCAGGUUCCACAUUCAGCCCAAUAUGAUCUAAAGGGGGUCAGAUCCGUAAAAUAAUAACAGUGAAAAGAGUAAAAGUACAUGAAGUAAAUUUUUAAAAAAUGUCAAUC